UUUUGACAAGUAGGUAAGUAAACAGUACAACGGAAGACGAAGAAUUUUGUUUGUUGUUGAUGUUAAAUAAAAGAAACAGUUUGUUUGAUAAAUACCUAAUAUCUAAAUAUUUGUAUUUUCACCGCGUACCUAAUACGCAUAUGUUUAUGAUUUGCUAAAUAAGGAAAGCAAUGGUAUCCUUUUUUUCCUUUAUUUUGAUCUCUGCACGCUCGCAUGAAGAUUUUAGGAAGUCUCAGCUUUAACCAGUGGAAUUGACAUGUAAUUGAGUAACAUAUUUACCAUUGAUACUAGUUUAAUUAUCUGUAGUGAUGGAUCACAUUUUAGAAAUUCAGAGGAUUAUGCUGAAGAACCAAAAGGAAAUUAUGCGGAAAAUAAAUGAAUACAGCAAAAAGUUGGAUACAUUAUCAGCAGCUGCGCCUAGCCAAAGUGAAUUUUUCGCAACAAGCACAAAUCAAGAUAAUAUUUUCACCGCUAUAGAUAGUGUAGACGUUCUAGAUGAUUUCGAACAAGAUUUGAAAGAUCAAGAUAAGAGAAAUGCUUUGUAUAAAAAAAUUGUAGACAUCUGUCAAUACAGAGGAGAAACUGGUCCAUACUUUCUUAUUGAUUUGAUGUUUACACGUCAAUUUAUUGCCAAAUGUUCCUGGUCUGGUGGAUCUCGAGGGGAUGAGAGUAAAAUUCCAUUUAAAAUUUAUAACAACACAAUCAACUUCUUUCAACAAGUGACACAAAAUUUCGAAGAAACAUUUUCUAUGGUUGAGUGCCACAAAUUUUUAAAAUCUGUAUUAAAAAACGCUCUUAAGAGAUCAGAAUCUAAAGGCCUGAGGGCAUCUCAUAGAAAAAAACGACGGACACAAUUAGAAAUGUAUUAUAUUGAUGACAUUACUGAUGGAGAAUAUGAUGAAAGUGGAGAUGGCUUACAGUCCAUUCAAUACUCUAAUAGAGAGACUAGAUCUGCUACAGAAAUACUAGAUGAUGAAACAAAUGAAGAACAUGAAUGAUAUUAGAAAUUAGAGUACCUCAAAUUACUAUCUAAAAUAUCAGAACUAAAUUUAAGUUAAUAUAAGGAUUUAGUCAUGA